AUGUACGGAUACUUAAUAGAUAAUUAUAAUGCAACUGAUCAAGAAAUUGAAUAUAUUGAAGAAUUAACUAAAUUACGUUCAAAAAGACGUGAUUCACCUUAUUUUAAUAAAAAUCCGUCAAUUGUUAUUGAUAAUUUUUUAUUUCAUGGUGAUUUGGGACAUGCAUCAAAUCUACAACUAUUAAAACAGUUAGAUAUUCGUCAUAUUAUCAAUAUAUGUGAUUUUCCAUUGGAUAAAAAGAUAAUGAGUGCGUUUAAUGUAUUGCAUAUUAAUUUGGAUGAUUCAAUGGAAGUUGACAUUAAACAACAUUUUGAUAAAACAAAUCAGUUUUUAAAAACAUGUAAAGAAAAAAAUGAAAAAGUUCUUGUUCAUUGUCAGAUGGGAAUAUCUCGAUCAUCGACCAUUGUUCUUGCCUAUUUAAUGAAAUAUCACCAUGACACAUUAUUCAAAGCAUACGAUUUUCUACUAGAUAAGCGUCGACAAGCAUCACCGAAUCAUGGUUUUCUUCUUCAACUUAUUCGUUAUGAACAAGAACUAAGAGCAACAAAAGAAAUUGACACUGGAAAAGGUGAUAUUCAAAAUCCAAUUGAAAUAGUAGAGACGAAAGUGGAAGACAAACUGGAACUUUGA